AUGGAAACUAUUUUAGAACAACAAAGAAGCUAUCAUGAGGAAAGAGAACGGACUAUGGAUGCUAUGGUUAAAGAGAUUUUGCAGAAAAAGACAGGACAUCGAGAAACUAUCAAUGCAGAUCAUCGACUGAAGAAUUUACAUGAUAGAUAUAUUGAGUCAACUAUAAGGCUUAAAGAACUGUAUGAGGACAAAGAUGGGUUAAGAAAAGAAGAAAUUGCUGCUUUGUCUGGUCCAAAUGAGUUCUCAGAAUUUUAUUCAAGACUUAAACAAAUUAAAGAAUUUCAUAGAAAACAUCCUAAUGAGAUUUGUGUACCAAUGUCAGUUGAGUUUGAAGAGCUUGGCAAGUUGAGAGAGAACCCUGCUGAGGAUUUUACAACACCUGUGGAAUUCACUGAUGAAGAAGGUUAUGGAAAAUAUUUGGAUCUACAUGAAUGUUAUGAUAAAUAUAUCAAUCUAAAAGGAAUUGAGAAAGUGGACUACAUAACAUACUUAAGUAUUUUCGAUCAUCUGUUUGACAUACCAAGGGAGCGUAAGAAUAGCGAUUAUAGAAACUAUAUUCGUGCACUUUUGACAUAUUUGAAGGAUUUUGUCAGCCGUGUGAAACCAUUAUUGGAUCAAGCACAAGAAAUGGCGUUGGCUCACCAGGAAUUCGUGAAGCAAUGGGAGGCUGGCACAUUUCCUGGGUGGCCAAAAGAAACGGGCGGUGCGUUAACCAACGUAGGCGCUCACUUGGACUUGUCCGCAUUCUCCUCGUGGGAAGAAUUGGCGUCUUUGGGCUUGGAUAGAUUGAAAUCAGCUCUCAUGGCUUUGGGGCUUAAGUGUGGUGGUACAUUGGAAGAGAGAGCACAGAGGUUCGCUACUAUAGUUGGCAGUACGCGCGCCGCGACCAUAGAGAAUGUGACGCGUAGAGCAGCGCGCGCUGCCGGCGAAAGGCGGGAUGAAAGUGACGAUGACAGUGACACAUCUGUCGUCGCUGACAUCGACUCUGAUGAUGAUGAGGUUCCAUACAACCCCAAGAAUCUGCCGUUAGGAUGGGAUGGCAAGCCUAUCCCAUACUGGUUAUACAAACUACAUGGAUUGAACAUCAGCUACUCGUGUGAGAUAUGUGGAAACUACACGUACAAAGGGCCGAAGGCAUUCCAACGCCAUUUCGCGGAAUGGAGACACGCUCACGGAAUGAGAUGCCUUGGAAUACCCAAUACAGCUCAUUUUGCUAAUGUCACUCAGAUUGAAGAUGCCCUUGCUUUGUGGGAGAAAAUUAAAAAUCAAAAGGAAGGUGAGAGGUUUGUUGCUGAAAACGACGAAGAAUUUGAGGAUUCUCAAGGAAAUGUCGUUAAUCGCAAAACCUAUGAGGAUUUGAAACGUCAAGGACUCCUUUAA